CGGCCAUUUUAUUCCUCCCGGAGACCCGCUAAGAUGACAGCCCGGGAGAAGGUGAAGGUUGUCUCUGGCGACCGGCGACCCGGCUAGAUCCAGCAGCGAGGCUUCCAGCAUGGAUCUGCACACAGCGGUGUACAAUGCGGCGCACGACGGCAAGCUGCCGCUGCUGCAGAAGCUGCUGGCUGGCCGUGGGCGUGAGGAGCUGGAGGAGCUGCUGGGUGAGGUGGCCGGCGGUGGCACGCCACUGCUAAUCGCAGCGCGCCGUGGACACCUAGACGUGGUGGAGUAUCUGGUGGACCACUGCGGCGCCAGCGUGGAGGCGAGCGGCUCCGUGCACUUCGAUGGCGAGACCAUCGAGGGCGCGCCGCCGCUCUGGGCAGCGUCGGCCGCGGGUCACCUGGCGGUGGUGCGGAGCCUUCUUCGCCGAGGCGCCUCGGUCAACCGCACCACGCGCACCAACUCCACGCCGCUGCGCGCCGCCUGCUUCGACGGCCACCUGGACGUGGUGCGCUACCUGGUGGGCGAGCACAAGGCGGACCUGGAGGUGGCCAAUCGCCACGGCCACACGUGCCUUAUGAUCUCCUGCUACAAGGGCCACCCCCCAGAAGAAGCAGAACCGUAUGAGAGCUGCUGCCCUACCAGCCGGGAAGCGGCUGUGGAAGCUUUGGAGCUGCUGGGUGCCACCUAUGUGGAUAAGAAAAGGGAUCUGCUUGGAGCCCUGAAGCACUGGAGAAGGGCAAUGGAACUCCGUCACCAGGAUGGAGGCUACCUCCCUAAGCCGGAGCCCCAGCAACUGGUUCUGGCCUAUGACUAUUCCAGGGAGGUGACUACGCCCCAAGAGUUGGAAGCCCUCAUUACAGAUCCUGAUGAGAUGCGGAUGCAGGCGCUGCUGAUACGGGAGAGAAUCUUGGGCCCCUCACAUCCUGACACUUCAUACUACAUACGGUACCGGGGUGCUGUCUAUGCGGACUCCGGGAAUUUUGAGCGCUGUAUCCGUCUGUGGAAGUAUGCCUUGGACAUGCAGCAAAACAACCUGGAGCCCCUGAGCCCCAUGACCGCCAGCAGCUUCCUGUCGUUUGCGGAGCUCUUCUCCUACGUGCUGCAGGACCGCUCGGCCAAGGGCAACCUGGGCAUGCAGCUUGGCUUUGCCGACCUCAUGGGUGUGCUCAGCAAAGGGGUUCGGGAAGUGGAGCGGGCUCUGCAGCUGCCCAAGGAACCGGGUGACUCCGCACAGUUCACCAAAGCCAUUGCCAUCAUCCUCCACCUUCUGUACCUAUUGGAGAAGGUGGAGUGCACCCCCAGCCAGGAACACCUCAAGCACCAGACAGUCUACCGCCUGCUCAAGUGUGCCCCUCGCGGAAAGAACGGCUUCACCCCACUACACAUGGCGGUGGACAAGGAGACCACCAACGUGGGCCGGUAUCGUGUGGGCGUCUUCCCGUCGCUGCAGGUGGUCAAGGUGCUGUUGGACUGCGGAGCAGACCCUGACAGCAGGGAUUUCGACAACAACACCCCACUGCACAUCGCUGCCCAGAAUAAUUGCCCAGCCAUCAUGGAUGCUCUCAUCGAAGCUGGGGCGCACAUGGACGCCACCAAUGCCUUCAAAAAGACUGCCUACGAGCUGCUGGACUCGAAGCUGUUGGCUAAGAGCACCGUGCAGCCUUUCAAUUAUGUGACACUGCAAUGCCUAGCUGCCCGUGCCCUGGACAGGAACAAGGUCCCUUAUAAGGGCUUCAUCCCAGAGGAGCUGGAGGCCUUCAUCCAGUUGCAUUGAGCCUGGCCCAGCUGCUGGUGCCCACUUGGGCCUUACUUCUCCAAGCAUCCAGGCCCCAUGGCCUGCUGGAGUGAACCCAGCUGCUGAUUCUAGAAGCCUUCAGGGUCACAUGGAGGGAAGACGGUCUUUUUUGUGGAAGUACACAAACCCGGAUGCCUGAGCCUCCCCAGUGGCAUGCUUCUGUCUGGGUCUGGAGGCCUCUGCACUGUCCUAGAGUCCUGCAGUGAGCAAAGCUGUCUCCUUCCUGCAGUGGGCACUGACCACCUAGAUGUUUGCAUUUGGUUUUCCUUUUCUAAGCAGAUGGGCAGCAGCCUGGAGCCCAUGUUGUGAGGGUUUUUCUGUCUGUUUUCACUGGUUUCUGUUUGUUGGACUUAGUAAUGACUGAGUUGAGAGUUGCCAGUAUUUUGCAGUGGCCACAGCUGAGGAUGGCAUGAACUGUGUGUGCAGAUCUGUGACCAAGGUCCUGGGAAGCAUCCUCAUUUCUGUGCUGAUUAAAGAGAGGACUAUCCCCCAAGAAAGCCCAGAGGCAGUUGCAAGAGCCACAGCCAGGCAGACACCAGUGCCUCCUGUCCUGCCCUCUGGAUGGACAGACAGUUCCCAACCUUGGGACGAAGCUGGAACUGCCAGGCAGAUGGUGACCAGGCCACCUGGCCACCAGGUUCACAUCUGUGCCACACUUGUCACACUGUCACCUUCAUCGCUGAGGACCUGACCCCUCUUGUAUUGAGGAGUCCCCAAUAUCCCAAUAACUUCGGGGGAUGGGCUUCUAACCAAGAUAGGGGAAGGUGGGGGCAGCCAGCCAGGGUAGCGAUGGACCCAUGUGGUACUAGCUUGGCCCACGUGAGGCCCUGUGUGCAGCCCCAGAACCACAAAAAGUUACUGAACAGCUGCCUAUGACUCCACCAGCUCUCGAUUCCAUCAUUUGUGGUGAGUGGUUCACCCUGGAUUAGGCCAAAGCAGGAGGUACUCAUCCCCGGCCUGUAGAAGCCAGCUAUAUGGGUAGGAAGUCAGGUGUAGAGGGGCCAGUCCCUCCCUCAGCCAUUUAAGCCACAUAAGCUGUCCCUUGAGGACGUGAGUGUGUGAUUGCAGUGCUAGGUAGAUUCUCUGUAUGAGCAAACUUUAGGCCUUACUGGGCAGGGUCUCGCUGCUCCACCCUGCCAAAGCUCAGGGCAAACAUGAACCCCUUUGAGUCUUGGCACUGAUAUUUAUGGAUUAAAAUGCAGGUAUGUGAAGA